GUAGAGAAUUGCAUGAACACAAUUAAUAUUCUAAGCAAUUAUUUAAAUAGCAAAAAUUAAUUCUUUUACAUGCAGCAGCAAUUUAAAGAAGAGCAGUAUUUGGAGUUGUUAAGGAAAUUUAAGGAAGAGCAGAACCAUAUAAUCGAAAACAUUACGAAAUUGAUCGAAGAGAAGGAUGUCGAUUUGGAAGGAUUCAAAGAACAAUUAUUUAAAAUACUCCAAUUAGAUUUCAAAGGAUCAAAGUUGCUAUUUGCAACCCAAACAAGAAUAGCUAAUGAACUUAAAGAGUUUAAUUCCCAAAAACUAGAUCACAUCAAAGUUUACAGACUAAAGUUUGAUGAUUGUCUAUUAAGCCACAUCUUAAUUAUACUCAUGAAAGGCAAAGAGGGAACUCCCUACGAAGGCGGCAUUUAUAGCUUCAUUUUGAAAUUCCCCGAGAACUUCCCAUUCGCUGCUCCUGAAUUCAGAGCACUGCUUCCCAUCAAACAUCCGCACAUCUAUCCUAAUCUGAGACUCUGUACACCUACCAUCAACGAGUAUUAUGAAAUCCAAUAGUACAGUCUACUGGAAUUACUCUAAUCGUGGUAUGCUAUUUUGCAUAGAGAACCAAAUAAAUUUUCAUUAGCAAAUUGUGAAGCAGCGGAACAAUACAAUGAUGAAUUCAUUAAACUGUAGGCAAUAUUCAGUUCCACCGAAAACCCAGUUAUGAAAUUGUUCAAAAUUUAAGAGCAUGACGAAGAUGAAUUAGAUUUGUUUAUGAGCCUUUGAUAUUUUUAUGAGAG